GACACCAGGCUGGGACAGUGAACUGAGAGCAAAGCUGUCCCCUUGUCUGCUCAACACAGAUGUUUUCCACAGGGGGCGAGAUGGGUAUCUAAUGCCAGUGAUGGCUUGGGGGGUAGUGGGGGAGACCUUCCAGGUAUAGACCUUCCUCCUACCUGCAGCUUGGGGCCAGGAAGCGAUCAAGAGAUUGUCCCUGACCUCUGAGUUGGGAAUGGGAGGUGUUGUGGGUGGUCAGGCACUGCCAGCUUACAAAUCCCUUCCCCUCGCCAGGAACCCUGAGUGCCGCUAUGUGGCCAGUAGCUCCAAGGAUGGCAGUGUGCGGGUCUGGGACACAACUGCAGGCCGCUGUGAGCGCAUCCUUACCGGACACACACAGUCUGUCACCUGUCUCCGGUGGGGAGGGGAUGGGCUUCUGUACUCCGCCUCCCAGGACCGUACCAUCAAAGUCUGGAGGGCCCAUGACGGCGUGCUGUGCCGGACUCUUCAAGGCCACGGCCACUGGGUGAACACCAUGGCACUCAGCACUGACUAUGCCCUGCGCACGGGGGCCUUUGAGCCCGCUGAGGCCACAGUUAAUGCCCAAGACCUGCGGGGGUCCUUGCAGGAGCUGAAGGAGAGAGCGCUGAGCCGGUACAACCUGGUGCGGGGCCAAGGCCCAGAGAGGCUGACAUCUGGCUCAGACGACUUCACCUUAUUCCUAUGGUCCCCAGCAGAGGACAAGAAGCCCCUCGCUCGGAUGACAGGACACCAAGCCCUCAUCAACCAGGUGCUCUUCUCUCCUGACUCUCGCAUCGUGGCCAGUGCCUCCUUUGACAAGUCCAUCAAGCUGUGGGAUGGCAGGACGGGCAAGUACCUGGCUUCUCUGCGUGGUCAUGUGGCUGCCGUGUACCAGAUUGCAUGGUCAGCUGACAGCCGGCUCCUGGUUAGUGGCAGCAGUGACAGCACCUUGAAGGUGUGGGAUGUGAAGGCACAGAAGCUGGCCACAGACCUGCCAGGCCAUGCCGAUGAGGUAUAUGCUGUCGACUGGAGUCCAGAUGGCCAGAGAGUGGCAAGUGGUGGGAAGGACAAGUGCCUACGGAUAUGGAGAAGAUGAAGAGCUGACAGUUCUCUGAACCCCACUUGGACUUGGGCCCCUGCCAGAAAACAAAGACUGGGUGGCUCACCUCACCUUCCUCACCAGCAGUGACCAGAAGAUGUGGACACCGUUGGAGUCUCCCCACAGGUUCCUACCUGUGGCCUGGAGGUGCAGAAGAUUAUUGCUGAACUCAGCCAUGGGCACCACUCUGUCCCUUGCUUGUGUCGGCAGCAGUGGGGAGGCCAGGCUCCAGGCACAGCCUCCACUGUACCCCUGCCUCCUUUUCCAAAUGUCAGUUCUGUUUGGGCUCAGACCCCAGGUUCUGUGGCCAAAUAAAUAACUUCUAUUUGUGUUUGAGUUACAAUUCUAUGUAAAAGCCCAGGGCUCAGCCAAGGACUGCUAAAUCUGUCUGUCUCUCCAGUGCACUGGAUGACAGCAACCUGUACUGACCAGGAAGUUACCUUUCCCUCCACAUGGGCCUCUUUAUAUGAACCAGAAUCAUAUACAGCUAGAGAGCAGUU